UUGUCAUAAUAUUUCUUGUUGACAUAUUUCUUGCUUCAACUUCAGUCAUCUCACAAACAUCAAAAAUUCUCAAUAUUCUAAAUCACCAGUGAAAAUAAUGGAAACGGAAUCACACGAAGAAUACUCACUGGCAUGGAAAGGCCAUAUUAACUACCUAAGAGACUCUUUAAUUCGUUUACUUCACACAAAUGAAUUGUGCGACGUAACAUUAUACACAGAAGGAGGUAAAAUUGGGGCUCACAAAGUUCUACUAGCAGCCUGCAGCGAAUACUUCAGCGACUUAUUUAAAGAAAUAAAAACAGAACGUCCCAUUAUAGUUUUAAAAGGAGUAGAAUAUGAAAUUUUACUAGAGAUUUUAAAGUUUAUAUACCAUGGCGAGGUCAGUAUUGAGCUGCCCAAGUUAAGUGCCUUUCUUGAUGCUGCCCAGUUUCUACGUGUGUCCGGACUGACUAAGGAUAAAGUUGUUAAAUCAAAAAUUGUUAAGGAAAUUAAUAUUAAUGAAUCAGAUCAAGCCUGCAAUACAGAACAUUCUAGUGAAACACAAGUUUCUGCUAGUCCAAGUUAUAUUGUGAGCAUAGAAGAAAAUGAAAAUAUAGCAGACAGACCUCCUGAAGAACCAAUGUCCUUUAGUUCAAUCCACCAAAGUAUACUUGCCAAAGCCUGUACUGUAGAACUUCCUCACUUGAGCAAAUUGUAUAAAAUUCACAGAACCUCUAAACCAGAACAAAGUCAUUUUCCCAGUAUUGACCAUCAAAAAUAUUCUAAGGAAUCUCCUCCAAGAACAAAUGAAUGGACUUCAGAUUAUGACAAUAUUAGACAAGGAAGCACAGAAAAAUCCUCUAGUGAAAUGAGCUCAACAAGCAACAGAAAAAAAAGAUUCAAAUCUGAAAGAAAAACUAGCCUUAGUGAUAUUAGUGAAAUUGAUCAAGAGGAGUGUGAGUUAAUUCGUAUGAAAAAUGACCAAUCAAUGCAAAAAGCCAUGCUGAAAAGUAAGUUGCAGUCCCUCAUAUCUAUCUCCAGCACAGUUUUAAAAUCUGUCUGCAGCUAACAGAUUUUUUAAAUACAAAUUUAAAAAAAUAGGAUAAUUAUAUUGCUCAUAAUGGUUUAAGUUAUAUUGAAAAAUCCAUGGAUAAGAAUGUGUAAGCAAUCUAUAAAACCUAUAGUAAAGUUUUUAGGUAUAUUACAGUAUGUAAUAGUUAUUAUUUCAGCAUCAAGGGCCUAGCAAAGCAGGGAAACAGUACCAACUGCAACAUAUGCAAUGAUAUCUAUUUUCAAAUGAAUAAUCUCAAAACAUUUUUCUCAAGUUGUAAAAUUUAUGGUAUUACUGUAUCUUGAAGAAGACAUAAUUAUAAAGGUAGUUUAUAAAGUACAAUAAUAAAAGCCCCAAUUACUAAAGUAA